CAAUACUAACCACCAGUACAUAUAUCGUUUCGUUUGCGCCCUACCACUCUUGUGGAUAAGGCUCCCUCCCGCCAUUCUUAAUUACUAUACUUAUCGUACGCCGCCGCCGUCGCCGGCCGCCGCACGUCUCACCGCCGCGCGCCGGCCCAGGGAGGAGGAGGCGAGAGUGCGAGAUCCACCACCCGAUGACCUCCCAGGCGGCGACGACGACGACCACGGCGGCGGCGGCGGCGGCGUGGACCAGGGAGGACGACAAGGCGUUCGAGAACGCGCUCGCGGCGUGCGCGGCGCCGCCGCCCGCGGACGGAGGCGCGCCCGACGACGACUGGUUCGCCGCGCUCGCCGCGAGCGUGCCCGGGGCGAGGUCGGCGGAGGAGGUGCGGAGGCACUACGAGGCGCUGGUGGAGGACGUCGCGGCCAUCGACGCGGGCCGCGUCCCGCUCCCGCGCUACGCCGGGGAGGAGUCCGCGGCGCCGCCCGACGGAGCCGGAGCCGCCGCCGCCGCGUCCAAGGACGGCGGACACCGGCGCGACGAGCGCAAGGGCGGCGGCGGCGGGUACGACGGCGGCAAGAGCUGCUCCAAGGCGGAGCAGGAGAGGCGCAAGGGCAUCCCAUGGACGGAGGAAGAGCACAGGCUGUUCUUGCUGGGGCUGGACAAGUUCGGCAAGGGGGACUGGCGGAGCAUCUCGCGCAACUUCGUCAUCUCGCGGACGCCAACGCAGGUGGCGAGCCACGCGCAGAAGUACUUCAUCCGCCUCAACUCCAUGAACCGCGACCGCCGCCGCUCCAGCAUCCACGACAUCACCAGCGUCACCGCCGGCGAUCAGGUCGCCGCGCAGCAGGGCGCCCCGAUCACCGGCCACCAGGCCACGGGCAACCCCGCGGCGGCGGCGCUGGGCCCGCCGGGCAUGAAGCACCACCACCACCACCACCCGGGCGGCGCGCCGCCGCCCAUGCCCAUGUACAGCGCCGCGCCCAUGGGCCACCCCGUCGCCGGCCACAUGGUGCCCGCCGCCGUCGGCACGCCGGUGGUGUUCCCGCCGGGCCACGCGCCGUACGUCGUGCCCGUCGGCUACCCGGCGCCACCGGCCAAGAUGCACCAAUGACGCGCCAUGGACGGACAUGAGCAGCAUUUCUUCCUCCUCCUUUCUUGAUGUGAAUCUUGAUUUGUUCUUUGUGUAGUCGCCGGCUCAUCGUCCCUGAUCAUCUUGUUCUUCUCACAAUCUCACUAAUGUAAACAUACAUAGAUCAGAUGCCAAGAGUGCAGGGAUUGGGGAUUAAAGGCGAAUAAGUAAAGUAUUUUGCUGACUGUUUGCAAGUGAUCAUCACGUACACCCGGUGAAAGCUUAGCUCCAAAUGUGGAUGUAAUUAGCAGCGGCCUUCCGUACGUGGUGGCGCCGAUCGAUGAUCUUGCAGGGGUUGCAAUUAGGGAUUGAUUUCCAUUUUGCUGAUGUAAAUUUGCCUACUGUCUCAUUGGACCAAAACAUAUCUCUCUCUCUCUCUCUCUCUCUCUCUCUCUCUGCCAUAUAUAUAUCAGUGUUGAUGAAUGGAUUGGUGUUUUCCUCAUGUUCA